CUGACGUUCUAUGAUUCAUUAUUUUCUUCUCCAUGUCAAUUUCUAGGUUUUGAAAAGUUUUUCCCAAAGAGCGAGGAGGGCACUGCCGGGGGAGGUGGAGAGGAAGACGCCAAAGGGCCAAACUCGCUUGGAGUGGAAAGGGAGGACUUUAAUGAAGACAGCGACCAAAGACGAGGAGGGGGGAAAAAAGAGGGUCACCGGUGGUGGUGGACACGCUUCAAGGAGGAAUUUCCGUUGGGUGAAGUGAGGGUUCGGAACCUGGCGGUGGGGGCUGCAGGCAUGGCCACGGCUUUUCUCUACUUUCAGCUCCGAGAAACCGGAGUUCAGAUCUCCUGGAGGGAUUUCGUGCACCACUUCUUGAGCAGGGGCUUGGUGGGCCACGUGGAGGUUGUCAACAAGCAGUAUGUCAAAGUGUUUCCCGCCUACGGCGUGAACUCAUCCAAAGUGAACUAUUUGUGGUUUAACAUUGGCAGUGUGGACUCCUUUGAGCACAACUUGGAGAUGGCUCAGCAGGAACUGGGCCUGGCCUCCUCACACAGAGUACGGGUGCUCUACAGUAGUGAAAGUGACUGGUCGGUCCUUCCAACCGUUCUUCCCACCUUGCUGCUGGUUGGAUUCCUUCUCUUUGCCAGCCGGCAGGGGCCGGUGGCAGGAGCGCGGGGCGGAAUGGGGAAAGGAAACCCGCUCAGCAUGACUGCAUCCAAAGCCAAGAUAAUCAAAGGCGACGUCGGCGUUCGCUUUAGGGAUGUCGCAGGCUGUGAUGAGGCCAAACUAGAGAUUAUGGAGAUUGUCAACUUCCUUAAGAAUCCGCAACAAUAUUACGACCUUGGAGCCAAAAUCCCAAAGGGUGCUUUGUUAUCAGGUCCACCUGGAACUGGGAAGACUCUGCUGGCUAAGGCCACGGCAGGAGAGGCCAGCGUUCCAUUCAUCACCGUCAGCGGCUCCGAGUUCCAGGAAGUGUUUGUUGGUGUGGGUCCUGCAAGGAUAAGGGAUGUGUUUGCUGUGGCUCGCAAAAUUGCCCCUUGCAUCCUGUUCAUCGAUGAGAUCGACGCGGUCGGCAGGAAAAGGGACGGCGGGAACUUUGGCAGCCCGAGCGAGCAAGAGAAUACCCUGAACCAGUUGCUCGUGGAAAUGGAUGGGUUCAGUAGCAGCUCUAACAUCAUCGUGUUGGCUGGCACCAAUCGAGCUGACAUCCUGGAUCCGGCUUUGAUGAGGCCCGGCCGCUUCGAUCGACACAUAAGCAUAGGCCCACCGGAUAUGAAAGGGAGGGCGUCUAUCUUUAAAGUGCAUCUGAGACCUUUGAAGUUGGAUCCCAGCAUAGACGUGGAGACUUUGUCCAGGAAGUUAGCUGCACUAACCCCGGGUUUUACUGGGGCCGGAAUAGCUAGUGUUUGUAAUGAAGCUGCCCUGAUAGCUGCACGUCACUUAAACCAGUGUGUCCUUACGAGUCACUUUGAGGAGGCAGCUGACAGAGUCACCGGAGGUCUGGAGAAAAAGACUCAGGUGCUUCAGCUUCCAGAGAAGACGACAGUGGCCUACCAUGAGGCCGGACACGCCGUCGCUGGCUGGUUCCUGGAGCACGCCGAUCCACUGCUGAGGGUGUCCAUUGUUCCCCGGGGGAAAGGUUUGGGCUACGCACAGAGUCUACCUAAAGAGCAGCACCUGUUCACUCAGGACCAGCUGUUUGACAGGAUGUGCAUGAUGUUGGGUGGCCGGGUGGCUGAGCAGGUCUUCUUUCAUCAAAUCACCACUGGAGCUCGAGACGACCUCAGAAAAGUCACACAGUCAGCAUAUGCGCAGGUUGUGCAGUUUGGAAUGAAUGAGGCAGUGGGCCAAGUUUCUUUUGAGCUCCCUCAGCAGGGAAACACAGUAACUGAGAAGCCUUACAGUGAAUCUGUUUCCCGACUUAUAGACCAGGAGGUGCGCCUGCUCAUAGAAGCCGCCUUCCAGCGAACGCACCGGCUCAUUGUGGCAAAGAAAGAAAUGGUGGAAAAGGUUGCAAAGCGUCUCCUAGAUAAAGAGAAGCUCGACAGGGCUGACAUGAUGGAGCUCCUAGGACCUCGUCCCUUUUGUGGGAAAUGCUCGUACGAGGAGUUUGUGGAAGAGUCGAAGGAUAUUGAAGAGGGCACCUCACUACCCAAAGGACUAAAGAACUGGAACCAAAACAAAGUUGAUGAAAAAAGACAAUGA